UCUGACAAUAGCAACGGUUCAAGUGCAUCGACUGUAAUCUUAGAUGAGGUCCCUAACAAGAGACAAAGAAAAGAGGACACAUCUGCACUGUCUGCAAAACAGUUGGUCGAAGAUGUUCUAAAACUGAAGUCUGGUGGUGAAGCAGUACUACAGGAGUAUCAAGAAACAGAAACCCUUACAGAUGCCACAAGAAGACAAAUGAUGAACAUACUGGUGGCUCACAUGAUUGAUACACAUGGAGAACAAUAUGCUGUUGGAAUAGUGAUGCUGUUCCCUUCCCUUAGAGAUCCAUAUUCCAAGAAAGGCUAUGAACACUUUUAUGAUGCUGCAAGCAACACAGGAUACAUUGCUUGGCGUAUGAAAACAGUCCACAGGAAGAUUCGACAAGGAUCUUUGCCACUAGACAGCCCUCGUGAUGUUUCUCCAGGAGGCCCAAAAUGCCAAAGGGCUACUAAUUUUGAAGGGCAACUUCAUGGGGAUGCUUGCAGAGAGGCCAUGUCUUUGCUCAACCAUACCACAGACAAGUCCCUAAUAUUCCAAAAGAUGAGAGAGACCUUUCAGCAUCGCCAGAAGCUUGUUAAAGAUCCAGGCUCUAGUGCUGAUAUCCUCUCCACCUUCCCAAGAUUCCUAAAUACAAAAGGGCUGGUGGAUCAAGACUUCACUCUCCUGUUUGACGCUGAGACAUCCUCCAGGCUGCUUCAGAAGUGGGACACGUUUUUCAGGCCAAAUGUCAUUAAAGAGGCCAAGCAACUUACUUCAAAAGCAGAGCUGAGUCAGUUGCUGCUCUCAGCAGAAUGUCCUGAAGGAAGUGACCUUCAUGAAACAA